AUGCCUGACAUGUGCUUCAACAGCGUGAUGAUAUGCGCCGCAUGUUCUGUAACAGCACAAUCCUUUGAGACAUUUCUCAAGGGGCUUGACAGGAAGGACAGAAUAGGACUGUUUGGGCACUUCUUGCCAUGUCCAGCUUCGGCUGAUUGGUUCCUUUGGACCUAUGAGCACUGGGGCACCAAGUGGGAUGUCUCAGAUCCCACAUGGGAACGCAACGACCUUUCCUUUCAUCUGAAGUUUGAGACCGCAUGGGCCCCACCCAUUCCUUUCUACGAAUAUCUUGAAUCUGCUGAUGGCGGGGACUGGAUAGUUGAUGCCAUUUUCCAUUCAGCUGCUGCGGAGGUGGUUGGACGCUACGCCUGCGGAUCUCAGAAGACCUGGAAAUACACCUUCCAUGACCCGAAUUGGCGGGACAGACUGCCUAAAAAGAUUGUUGACGAAGCUGGGCUAGACCGCGAGUAUGCAGAAUGGCUCGAAUGGAAUGAGAGCUGUAGAAAGCAGGAUCAGUAG